CCAUCCCAUUUUUAUUUAGAUAAGUCUUCACAAUUAUUCCAAAAACAAAGGUAAAAGAAAAUGUCGUCAAGAAGAUCAAAAUCAACAUCAAGAUCAAGAUCAAGACAACCUACGGCUUCAAGGAUUAGCGACGAUCAGAUCAACGAUCUCGUUUCCAAGUUGCAACAACUUCUUCCUGAAAUCCCCGCUCGUUCGUCUGACAAGGUAUCAGCGUCAAAGGUGCUACAAGAGACAUGCAGCUACAUUAGAAGCUUGCAUCGAGAGGUUGACGAUUUAAGCGAGCGACUAUCAGAGUUGCUCGAGAACACUGAUUCGGCUCAGGCUUCAAUCAUCAGGAGUUUACUUUCGCAAUAAGUAGACCAUCAUCUUCUACAAAUAUUAUACAACUUUCUCCUUUUGUUUACCCAUCAAUACAUCACCACUGAGUUGUUAAGACUUCAUUUGAAUGAAGGGACUUACUUAAUUUGCGUCAUUAAGAAAUUAUGUAA